AUUGUCACCUAAAGCUAAUGUGUUUUUCUCCUGUUUAAAGCGUACUACAAAGGCACAAUGGUCGAGAUCAGUUUCGCAAAGCCCCCAAACGGCCUCAGUGGCCGUUGCUUCAGAAACCAGGACAUGUUGCUUAAGGGGCAGGUAGUCGAAGCGGCCCGCAAACCCAGCAAUUUCCAUCAGCGGCGUCCACAAACCAAGGCAAAGAGCAUGCAAGAGAAAUCCGUAGACGCCGCUCAGACAGUCACCGUCCCACCCAUUGGUCAGUUCAUUGCGCCACCAACUGUGUCUAAUAUCUGGUGGUACCCAGCUGCCAAUGAGUAUCAGCAGCCCAAGCCCGAUGUUGUGUCAGGCCAAUCCCAUGAGUGCAGUUAUUGGCCCAGUCCCAACGGCGCCACACCAUCUAUGUAUUCUUCUCCCGCUUCUCUGGAUUGCUUCAAUUUGGAGGACUUGGUUGAUAGUAUUUUGGCCUAAAGUGUGGGGCCCGUCCAGUAGCGCGUUUGGUAAGUGAAGAGUGCCUGCUGGACUUUGAUGUGUUUCAUGCUUGUUGUUUUAUUUAGUCUUUAAAGUUCAGUGUCUUUUUAACUGUCUGAGAGUGAGUUUUUUGUUCGUGUUUUUUAUGUUUGAAUAUUUACGUUAUCGCCUACAAGUCGAUUGAAAUAUUUUACAUUCUACACAUGCCUGCAGAGCAACCAGUUUUUUGCAAUAUCUUUGCAAGCAUGUUGACGCGUUCUGUUGUCGAUUAAUUUUAAUAUUUAUGUACUAGUUUUAAGUGUCUUUUCAUCGUUCGAUUGCUAUUCAGCCUUGCCGUCCUACACCGUAUUUAUGCGCGUUAGGCUAUACCUACAAAGUAUUAUGUAUUUUAUUAAUUAAACGUGCCUUUUUAUCGA